GAUUGACCCAAAGGGAAUUCCGUAGUUCAGUGCUAACACAGUUGUAAGGCUAUAGUGAUACAUUGUGACAGUUAUGUACCGUUUUUCCGCAAGCAAUUGGACAAAUAAGUAAAAUAAACUCAGUAUUUAAUGUUUAAUUUUAAGUUUAGCUGUAGCUGAGUUUAUGUCGCACACUGGAGGUCAUUUCGUGUGAUUUGCUAACCUAGCGGUACAGUGUAUGGUAGGUAGCUAGCUAGCUGUUUAGCUAACGACAACGUCAUUAGAAGAGAAUCAGAAACAGACGCCGAGACAAAAAGGAGCCUCUGCUGUCAGUGAGAAAUAAACCACCUGCUCUGCCACGAUGAACGUCGCUAAAAGUGGUUAUCGUGUCUUUUCCGCAAACUCCUCCGUAGCAUGCACAGAAUUGGCAAAGAAGAUAACGGAGAGGCUGGGAGUUGAACUGGGGAAGUCUGUGGUCUUUCAGGAAUCGAACAGAGAAACUAGAGUGGAUGUGAAAGAAUCAGUUCGUGGACAAACUAUCUUCAUCAUCCAGACCAUACCGCGAGAUGUAAACACGGCUAUUAUGGAGCUGCUGGUAAUGGCCUACGCCCUCAAGACCUCUUGUGCAAAGAACAUCAUUGGAGUCAUCCCUUACUUCCCCUACAGCAAACAGUGCAAGAUGAGGAAGAGGGGCUCAAUAGUUAGCAAGUUGUUAGCUUCAAUGCUAGCAAAAGCAGGGAUAACACAUAUUAUCACCAUGGACUUGCAUCAGAAGGAGAUCCAGGGCUUCUUCAGCUUCCCAGUAGACAACCUGCGUGCCUCUCCUUUCUUGAUUCAGUACAUCCAAGAAGAGAUUCCUGAUUACAGGAAUGCCAUCAUUGUGGCCAAGUCCCCAUCAGCAGCAAAGAGGGCGCAGUCCUAUGCAGAGCGCCUGCGUCUGGGUCUGGCUGUGAUUCACGGCGAGGCUCAGUGUUCAGAGUCCGACAUGGCUGACGGCAGACACUCCCCACCUUGUGUACGCAACACCACCGGACACACGGGACUGGAGCUUCCUCCAGGCAAACCACAAGCUCCGUUCCCCGGCAUAGAGCUCCCAAUAAUGAUGGCCAAGGAGAAACCCCCCAUCACUGUAGUCGGAGACGUGGGAGGGAGGAUUGCCAUCAUUGUGGAUGACAUUAUAGACGAUGUGGGAGACUUUGUUGCUGCUGCAGAGAUCCUGAAAGAGAGAGGAGCGUAUAAGAUUUAUAUCAUGGCCACACACGGCUUACUGUCGGCCGACGCUCCACGCCUCAUCGAGGAAUCCGCCAUCGAUGAGGUGGUGGUAACCAACACAGUCCCCCAUGAAGUACAGAAGCUACAGUGUCCCAAAAUCAAGACGGUGGACGUCAGCAUGAUAUUAGCCGAGGCCAUCCGGCGCAUCCACAACGGAGAGUCCAUGGCGUACCUGUUCCGCAACAUCACCACGGACGACUAAAGCUCAGAGGGAGAGGAGGAAGAGGAGGGAGAGGAGGAAGAGGAGGAAGAGGAGGAAGAGGAGGGAGAGGUGGGUGGGUCAGGGACUGAAGCAGGAGCACUCCUACCCAGUGCUGAAAAACAUGCUAACGCCAUGAUCCAUGUGUUGUAUGUCAGGACUACAUGUAUCAUUUAAAGAAGUUAAAAAAGUUAAUACUAUCUAGUUAUUAAAUUAAACUUCUUUUCAAAAGGUGUAAACAUGUGCAUUUUUAGUUUGAGAAAACCUGAUAAAAUGGCAAACUUUGAUGUAUGCACUCCUUCACGCUCCGCUUUUUCCAACUUUUGUAAAAAAUGCUUUAUAUUUAAACAAUUAUUUUGUCUUACACCUCGUUACCUCAUCUAAGGAAUGAGCUUCAACAGCAAUACAUAAGAGAAACAGUUCUCCAGGAUCAAGCGUUUGUGCUUUACUAACAAUUCUCCAUCUGUGACGGGGCUGUGACAUCGUUGCAUUAAAUGCGUGUUAUUUCAAACCAGAGUCAACACUUUUUUUGCUUAUCGCUGCCCAAACUGAUUUUAUGCACCUUUUUUUAAAUUAUUAAUAUUUGGAUGCUUGGUCAAAUGUCCUAUGUGACACAAAAAGGUUUUCAACACUGGUAGAAAUGAAUGGUACGUUUAUGUUGUGUAUAUAUUAGGGGGGCUAGUUCAACUAAAUGAUGACAACAUAUGUUACCUUCUGUUAGAGAACAUCGUUUUGGUUAAGUGCUUCUGUUUGUUUCUGCUGGUACCUCUGUGCAGUGGAGGUUAAUGGAAUCUCAUUUAUGGUCCUCAAAGUUUCGAUAUGCUUUGUUUGAAAAAGUAAAAUGAGCGGCUCAAAAAAUGUAAAUAUGCCCCUGCAGAAUUUCCAAUGUAAAAGAUUUAAUCAACAAAUGAAAUUCUAUUGACUUCCACUUUAUUGCGCCUGUAACAUAAAUGAAACACGGUUUAUAUAUUGUAGCAUUUAGUUUGGAUUUGUCUUUCCUACAGUUAUUAUUGUGUUUUAUUUAAAUGUACUGACCCUUUUAAUAUAUACCAUAGCACUAGACCAGAAGCACCAGACUGAACAAACAUAUUCUGGUACGGUUUUUAUUUCAAUUGACAGAUAGUGUAAUCACCACAUGACGCACCAAUGAAUUACAAACCAUGAUUCUUAAAUCGUGACUAUGGCUCAUUGCAGCAAAACAUGUUGAAGUCUUAAGCUUGAGUGUUGAACCAGCACCUGAAUGUACCAAAAAGGUGCUCUUUGAGUGGCUCCAUGCUUAAGGUGCAUCACUUUUUAGAAAGACAACCAAGAAAAAAAAGAACUAUGGUGGGCUCUUAGGUUGUUUAUGUACUGAACCAAAGUAAUUGGAAACGGAUGGCUGCUUUAAAGGAAGGAUGUACAAAAAAAAUAGCCAGCAUUAAUGUGAAAUAUGUGUGUAUUUACUCAACUGGCGAAAAAAGCACUGUGGUCUUGAUGUACAUGUACAACAUACUUUGAUAUUUUCCCAUUUAAAAGCUGUGAACAAGCACCCCCUUUUUGUCCUCUGAAUAAACUUCAAAGUGUGUAUUUCUGUCAGGUUCAAGCCUUCUGCUCGGGGAAAUAUACUGAAAAAACCAACAAUUAUUCGUUCAAUGUUUGUUCCCAUCUCACAUGUUGAUAUGUCUUCCAUACUGAACGCCUUUUGCUACGUUUUGUUGUAAUUAUGGAUACUGGGAUUCUCCUGAUGUGCUAAUCGAUGGGUAUUUUCGAUCCUUAAUGCACACGAUGGUGUUGUAUAGGCACAGAUGUGAAGGUUGUCGAUAUUAAAUGCUGUUGCUAUGCUGACUCAAAUGUUAUUCGUCACUGUUGUACUUCAUGUCGUUUACGAAUAAAAUGUUCCCCUGACUUGAUUUAGACUACACAACUCUGUCUAGCUUGUCUAACAAGUUGUAUGAAAAUA